CCAUCAGUAGUGAUGAGUGUGAUGUAUAUAAUAGUCUUCGUUUUCCUAUGCGAUCUUUCUUUUGCUGUUUGGUAGUGGAUGUGAAAGGUGUUGUAAACGCGCAUAUAUUUAUUCAGUUUAACGAUGUCGGAAACGCUUCAAUUAAAGGGAACCCUAUUGGGGCAUAAUGGCUGGGUAACCCAGAUUGCUACAAAUCCAAAAUAUCCUGAUAUGAUUUUAUCCUCAUCGCGAGAUAAGACUCUGAUUGUUUGGAAAUUGACUCGAGAAGAGACUCAGUAUGGCGUCCCUCAAAAACGUCUUUACGGGCAUUCUCAUUUCAUAUCCGAUGUAGUAUUGUCCAGCGAUGGUAACUAUGCUCUUUCUGGAUCAUGGGAUAAAACUCUACGUCUUUGGGACUUGGCCGCAGGAAAAACUACAAGGCGCUUUGAAGAUCAUACUAAGGAUGUCUUGAGUGUUGCAUUUUCUGUAGACAACCGCCAAAUUGUCUCAGGAUCUCGUGAUAAAACUAUUAAAUUAUGGAAUACUUUAGCUGAAUGUAAAUAUACUAUUCAGGAUGAUGGCCAUUCCGAUUGGGUUUCGUGUGUAAGAUUUUCUCCAAAUCAUGCUAACCCCAUAAUUGUUUCUGCGGGAUGGGACAGAAUGGUGAAAGUAUGGAAUUUAACCAAUUGUCGUCUAAAGAUAAAUCACUCUGGCCACACCGGCUAUUUAAAUACUGUAACUGUUUCUCCUGAUGGAAGCUUAUGUGCUAGUGGUGGUAAAGACUGUAAAGCUAUGUUAUGGGACUUGAAUGAUGGCAAGCAUUUACACACACUAGACCACAAUGACAUUAUAACUGCUUUAUGCUUUUCACCAAACAGGUACUGGCUCUGUGCAGCCUUUGGACCUUCUAUUAAAAUCUGGGACUUGGAAAGUAAGGAAAUGGUGGAGGAAUUAAGACCUGAAGUGGUAUCGCAGACGAGUAAAGCUGAACCACCACAAUGUUUGUCACUUGCAUGGUCUACUGACGGACAAACAUUAUUUGCAGGGUACUCUGAUAAUACUAUCAGAGUAUGGCAAGUCAGUGUGUCAGCACAUUAAUAUUUGACAUGUAUUAAUUUGAAUAAAAUGUUUGAAAACUUGUUUUGAAAUAA